AUGGCCUCCACCACCACCACUACCACCACCACCACCACUUUUGACUUCGGCGCUUUCACCCACCCCCAGUCUCAACGCUCUGCUGCCGCCCAGCGCAUGCGCUCCUUCCUUCUUAUUCCACGCGGCCCACCCUUUCGUCCGCGAACGACUACUGCCCCUACUGCUACUCUUGCUGCCUCCACCACACAACGCACACAACGGCCCUUUGCUUUCCCUGUCAUCGAGGACGACGACAGCGCUAGCGACAGCGAGGGUUCAGUUUCGGACUGGGAGUCGGAUUCGGGGAGCGUCCAAACAGCGGCGACUAGUGUGGCCAGCUUCUCCUUGCCUGCUGUUCCUGCUGUAGCCAAGCCGACAACGACUGCGGCGACAAGGAAGCUGGUGACACAAUACCUCUACGAGGGCGGGCGCACGGGUGUCGUUAGUGGCGGGGUUAUGCUGGGUGGGCAGCGCCCCGCGGCAGUUAUUGCAGCAAAGUCUGUCCCUUCUCCCGCCCUGGUCAAGACGACCACCGGCCAGUCCGUGGCCAAAAACGCGAACAAGACGACGACCGGCUGGCGCGCUGCUUCAGCUACUAUGACUAGCUGGCGCCGUGCGUAA